AGCCGCAGCCGGGGCAGCCCGCUGUCUCGCCCGCUCCUCUCCUGCCGUGUCCUCGUGCUCGGCCGGUUGGGAGCCGGGGCGCGCGGGCGGGCGGGAAGAUGCCGCUGGCGCAGCUGGCGGACCCCUGGCAGAAGAUGGCUGUGGAGAGCGCGGCCGAGAGCGGAGCCGAGAAUGGACAGCAAAUUGUUGAUGAACCCAUGGGAGAAGAAGAUAUCAAUCCUCAAACUGAAGAAGGCACUAUCAAAGAAAUAGCAAUAACACAUCAUGUAAAGGAAGGACAUGAGAAAGCAGACCCUUCACAGUUUGAACUUCUUAAAGUACUAGGACAAGGAUCUUUUGGAAAGGUAUUUCUUGUCAAAAAAAUCUCAGGGUCGGAUGCUAGACAACUUUAUGCAAUGAAGGUUUUAAGAAAGGCCACGCUGAAAGUUCGAGAUCGGGUUCGGACUAAAAUGGAACGUGACAUCUUAGUGGAAGUUAAUCAUCCUUUCAUUGUCAAGUUACAUUAUGCUUUUCAAACAGAAGGGAAGCUGUAUCUUAUUCUGGAUUUUCUCAGGGGAGGAGACUUGUUUACACGCUUAUCCAAAGAGGUGAUGUUCACAGAAGAAGAUGUUAAAUUCUACUUGGCUGAAUUAGCACUUGCAUUAGAUCAUCUACAUAGUCUUGGAAUAAUAUACAGGGACCUAAAACCAGAAAACAUACUGCUUGAUGAAGAAGGACACAUCAAAUUGACAGAUUUUGGCUUAAGCAAAGAGUCCAUUGAUCAUGAAAAGAAAGCCUACUCCUUCUGUGGGACAGUAGAAUAUAUGGCCCCAGAAGUAGUUAAUCGACGAGGCCAUACACAGAGUGCCGACUGGUGGUCUUUUGGUGUUUUAAUGUUUGAAAUGCUCACUGGUACUCUACCUUUCCAAGGGAAAGACAGAAAAGAAACCAUGACUAUGAUUCUCAAAGCCAAACUUGGAAUGCCCCAGUUUUUAAGCCCUGAGGCUCAGAGUCUUCUCCGAAUGCUCUUCAAGAGAAACCCUGCAAACAGAUUAGGGGCAGGUCCAGAUGGAGUCGAAGAAAUUAAGAGACAUCCAUUUUUCUCUACAAUAGACUGGAAUAAAUUGUACAGGAGAGAAAUUCAUCCACCUUUUAAACCUGCAACUGGUAGACCAGAGGAUACAUUUUAUUUUGAUCCUGAAUUCACAGCAAAAACACCAAAAGAUUCACCUGGUAUUCCACCUAGUGCUAAUGCACAUCAGCUUUUUCGGGGUUUCAGUUUUGUAGCUAUUGCAUCAGAUGAUGAAAGCCAGGGAAUGCAGACCGUGGGAGUGCAUUCAAUUGUUCAGCAGUUGCACAGGAACAGCAUUCAGUUUACUGAUGGAUAUGAAGUAAAAGAAGACAUUGGGGUUGGCUCCUAUUCUGUCUGCAAGAGAUGUAUACAUAAAGCUACAAACAUGGAAUACGCAGUUAAGAUUAUUGACAAAAGUAAAAGAGAUCCAACAGAAGAAAUUGAAAUCCUACUCCGCUAUGGACAGCAUCCAAAUAUUAUUACCCUAAAAGAUGUAUAUGAUGAUGGAAAAUAUGUAUAUCUGGUAACAGAACUCAUGAAAGGAGGAGAACUGCUGGACAAAAUUCUUAGACAGAAAUUUUUUUCAGAGCGGGAAGCCAGUGCUGUCCUCCUCACAAUAACAAAAACUGUUGAAUACCUCCAUGCACAAGGGGUUGUUCACAGAGAUCUGAAACCUAGCAACAUUCUUUAUGUUGAUGAAUCUGGUAAUCCAGAAUCAAUUAGAAUUUGUGAUUUUGGUUUUGCAAAACAACUACGAGCAGAAAAUGGUCUGUUGAUGACUCCAUGUUACACAGCCAAUUUUGUGGCUCCAGAGGUUUUAAAAAGACAAGGGUAUGAUGCUGCCUGUGAUAUAUGGAGUCUCGGUGUUCUGCUUUAUACUAUGCUCACUGGUUACACUCCUUUUGCAAAUGGUCCUGAUGAUACCCCAGAAGAGAUUUUGGCACGAAUAGGUAGUGGGAAGUUCUCUCUCAGUGGAGGCUACUGGAAUUCAGUAUCAGAUACAGCUAAGGACUUGGUUUCAAAGAUGCUCCAUGUUGACCCACAUCAAAGAUUGACUGCUGCUCAGGUUCUUAGACACCCUUGGAUAGUUCACUGUGACCAGUUGCCUCAGUACCAACUAAACAGACAGGAUGCCCCACAUUUGGUGAAGGGAGCAAUGGCAGCCACGUAUUCUGCUUUGAACCGUAAUCAGUCACCAGUUUUGGAGCCAGUAGGCCGUUCUACUCUUGCUCAGCGAAGAGGUAUAAAAAAAAUUACCUCAACAGCCCUGUGAAAUGACCUCAACCAGAUACUUGGUACCAUGGUAUAAGAUGAUAGCACAAAUCAUGGAGACAGGUAGCACAUAUCUGACAGAUACCUGCAAGCACACUGUCCCAGCUGGUACCUAUAAUGCUGCUGCUACUGCUUUCAUCUAUUCUCGCUUUAAACUUUUGAUGGCAAGUUACUGACCUUAGUGGAGCUUUGGAUGGAGUGAAAAGUGGAAACAUGAUGAAAAUGGGACUUGUUCGCUGAUUGAAUAAACAAGAAUUAUGAAUGCCACCUCUGUCAUAAAAAUACACUGAAUAAAGCACUCUGCACCAUAUAGCAUUAUUUUUAUAAGAAAUAUUUCUUGUUCCCUAAAAUAUUCUUUGUUACACAUAGAGAUGGACAGUUUAUGUUAAGCACUUAGCUUAAACAAUCUGUUUAUAUAGCACUGUAUACUUUGUGCCAUCCAACAUUUUGUAUGUUUUUUGUAAACAAUUCAUGAGCAGUACAUUUCUGUGCUGUUUUCUUUAAUGUAUACAUGCCUUGUUUUACUUAGAUUUUAUUAUUCAUUUUGACAAUUAAAUCUGGUUAAACCAUUCACCUGGAUUAAUCAGUAUUGUUGGACAGCUCUAAAAGAAGCCUGACUGUUAAAACAGCUAUUGAAUGUAAUACUACAAAUACGUAUUUUUUCCUUGCCUAUAUGUUUUUUUCUACGUGUCCAUGUUUCUGAAGCCGCAUUAUGAGAAACAAAGCUAUUGUUAAACUUAACUAUCACAUGUAUGUGAUGGGCAAUGCACCAUGGAAAAAAAGUAACUUGCUGCACACCCCUUUGCCUUUUGUGUCCCUGUUUUUUCCCACCUGUUGACUGGACUCACUCAGGAAUCAUCAUUAAAUACUUUUCCAUGCAAAAUAGUUGUAGUUAGGGGCGCACAAGGCAGCAUUCCAUUCUCAUAACUGGCUGGUAAUGUCUAAUGCUGAAUUUUUUGGGUCUGGUUAAGUUGCCAAUGACUGAACCGUAUCUAGGGCAUCAGAGACGAAAGGUAAUAAUGAAGCUUAAAGCAAAGCACAGCAGCUUCCAAAAAUCAAGUUUAAAUUCCAUCUGUUCAUUGAUAAGUCCUAGUUCAGCUUGAAGCAGAAUUGGCGAGAAUCCUUCAAAUCAUCUAGUGGGAUUUUUUUGGACCUUUCACUGGCAGUCCAGGCACCCUUAAAGUAGUAUUGCUCAAUUCUGGUAGAAUGAAACUAGCCUGACUGAGAAGCCAGGACAGAAUCCCUGCUGUUCCCCAGAGGGAGCCAGACUCUUAGCUUGAUGUUGGGAGACACAAAUUAUUGGCCUUUUGAGCAUAGCUUCUAUGAUUCAAGGUACAUAGCUAAGCUGCAAGCAGCACUUGUCCCAAAAGAACGAUAAUUUGACUCAGGCUAGAAUUUGCUGGUAUCCCAUUCCCUCUCCUGCUCCUCCCUGGAGGGAAUAACUGACUUCCCUGUGUGAGAUGCCCAUUAUGACAAAGUUACUAAAUGUGGAUCUUGGUUCACACUUUCUCUGAAAAUUACAGUUCAGAAAGCAAGAAACAAGCAAGUGCAUAGUUCCAGGUUAAUUAACCUGUGUUAGCUGUUAACAUGCUAGUUUAUCUAAAGUUACAAUUUUUUCAGUGAGACUUGUUAAGAGGAUGAAGCUGACCUUAUUUUAUGACACGUGGAUUCCUUUGAAGGAUUUUUGUUAGAAAAGUGAGGCU